CAAAACAUUCUUCGGCUAUUUGUUUCAAAUUGUUUAUUUUGACCAGAUCUACUGGGGAUUUUUAAUCGAAGCAAUAAUAAGCCAAAUGAGGUUUGAGAAAACAAACAAUGUGGAAAUUGUUGUCAAAGAUCUGGAUUCCUUGCAUCAUUCAUGUAAACAGUUUGAAAUAGCUAUUGUAGAAAUGCAGGGGAGAAAAAAUAUACACAAUAUGCUAGUGAUCAGUUUAUUGUACAACAUGAGAUACACCUUGAAUGAACAUUUUGGAGAGUUUUAUCCUGUCAACAAUCGUAAGUACCAUACUAAAUUACAAAGAUGUGAACGGCUUUCAAUAUUUCGUCCAGAACAAUCAAAUGUUGUAAAAUUGGUAAAACAUAAGGAAACACAAUAUUUCUAAUGAAAAACGUUUCGAUCGGUGAUAAGUCAUCCAAAUUAUUGCUGUUAUUGUCAGUAAUCGAAUGGAUUUUAUAACAACAUAUCUGGAUAAAUGAAGUCAACAGUCGGCAAACUGUAAAGUAGAUUAAAAGGAAAGCAAUCGAGGGCUGCUUCUUCUCAAUAAAUGUGUGAAGAUGAUUGUUCAGUAUAAGGUCUUAUUUUUGACUGAAUGAGUCUUACAAUAUAUGCAGUAAUGUUUGUUUGCUGUGUGAAUUGAAAAACCAACUGUGAUAGUGCAAAUGUGCAUUAACUUCACAAAUUCAGGAUAGUACUUUUAAUACAAAGAAUUAUGUUCAUUCAAC